AAAAAAAAAAAACUCAAACUUGACUCCUCCCAUUAUUCCCAGUCGGCGAAGUUUCGUUUGCUUGGGUUUGGUUUCUGUCUUCUUCUUCUUCUUCUUGCUCCUUUUGAAUCGAUCUUUUAACUCUGUGCUUUCUCUGCAACUCUUCUCCAAUCCAAUUAUGGGUUUGUGGGAUUCGCUCCUCACUUGGCUCCGGAGCUUAUUCUUUAAGCAAGAAAUGGAGCUUUCACUUGUGGGGCUACAGAAUGCAGGAAAAACAUCUCUUGUUAAUGCAGUAGCUACUGGAGGGUAUAGUGAGGACAUGAUCCCUACUGUUGGAUUUAACAUGAGGAAAGUAACUAAAGGAAAUGUAACUAUAAAACUAUGGGAUCUUGGUGGGCAAAGGAGGUUUAGGAGCAUGUGGGAACGCUACUGUCGUGGUGUUUCUGCAAUUCUUUAUGUAGUUGAUGCAGCAGACAGAGAUAGUGUACCGAUUUCAAGAACAGAGCUUCAUGAUCUCUUGGAGAAACCUUCUUUAAGUGCCAUUCCUCUACUUGUUCUUGGCAACAAGAUAGAUAAAUCUGAAGCUCUAACCAAGCAGGCUUUGGUUGAUCAGCUAGGUCUUGAUUCAAUCAAAGACAGAGAAAUCUGCUGUUACAUGGUCUCUUGCAAGGAUUCUAUAAACAUAGACGUUGUAAUUGAUUGGCUUAUCAAACAUUCCAAAUCCCCCGCCACAACAUGAGAAACCACACCCUUUCCUCUUUUCCAACAUCAUGGUUCUCUAUAGUUGCUAUCCCAAAUGAAUUUGUAUUCAUUGGACAGUAUCCACAAUAAAAACAUACACACACAUUAGUAGAAACACCCAAGAUGAAUUUGUUACAUUUCAAGCAAUAACUAAUGUUGUUAAUGUAUGUAAUGAUUCUUUCCGUCUGUUAUUUGAAGCAAAAAUGUCAUCUAUUUUGUUGUUAUUAUUCACCACCGCAAAAUCUUAGAU